CAAGAACAGGAACACUCAGGAGAGCUUUACACAAGGACCUGACAUAAAAAAAGACUGGGAUACAGUACCUCUAGACAUGGACAUUCAGACAGGACAAGUUGUGAGGGCCGUAGGACCUAUGGAGAGCCUGGAGAAACAGCUAAGCUGUCCCAUCUGCCUGGACAUGUUCACCAAGCCGGUGGUCAUCCUGCCCUGCCAGCAUAAUCUAUGCCGUGGCUGCGCUAAUGACCUCUAUGACUCUCGCAACCCCUACCACUUCUCAGGAGGAAUCUUCCGCUGCCCAACCUGCCGCUUUGAGGUGGUGCUGGACCGCCAUGGUGUCUAUGGGCUUCAGAGGAAUCUCCUUGUGGAGAAUAUAAUUGACAUCUACAAGCAACAGCUGGAGAACAGUGGAGGUGGUGGUGAUGGCCUGGAGCCUCCUUUGAAGGACAAGGACACAAAAGAACCAAUGUGCCAGGAGCAUGCGGAUGAACGCAUCAACAUCUAUUGUAUUUCCUGCCAGGUGCCUACUUGCUCCAUGUGCAAGGUAUUUGGCCAGCACAAGGACUGCAAAGUAUCUACCCUGAAAGCUGUCUAUGAAACCGAGAAGACUGAGCUCCAAAACUCAACAGAGUUGCUUGCAGCUAGCAACAGCUGUGUGCAGGCCAUGCUUGUGCAAAUGGAGGAGAUCUGCAAGGCUGUGGAAGAGAACAGCCAACUACAGAAGCAGAGACUCGGAGAGAAGUUUGACUUACUCUAUGCAGUUUUGGAAGACCGUAAGGCCCAGUUGUUGGAGCAAAUCACACAAGAGCAGGAUGAGAAGGUAGCAGUCGUGCAAUCACUAAUUCAGCAGUACAGAGAACGGUUGGAGGCUACCAGUAAGCUGAUAGACCAAGCCACACAGAGUUUGGACAAGAGCAACAUAGCCGAGUUUCUCAUCAAUGCCAAGAAGCUCAUUGCUGAAGCCAAGGACACAGCAAAAACCUCCCAGUUACAAAGGCCAGAGUUUGGCUUUGAGAAGAUGGACCACCUCACACUGUUUACUGAUGAAGUAGAGGCCAUGCUAGCAAAAAUGGACUUUGGUGCAGAUGAUGAGGAGGAAGACGCAGAGGAAGAUGAGGAGGAGGAAUAUGAAGAGGCAAAAGGGGCAGAAGAAGAGUAAACAAUAAGAAAAACUUUGUUUGAUACAA